AUGGCCUCGGAGUCGGUGAAGGUGGUGGUGCGCUGCCGCCCCAUGAACCAGCGGGAGUUGGAGCUGAACUGCCAGCCUGUGGUGACGGUGGACUCUGCGCGCGGCCAGUGCUUCAUCCAGAACCCGGGCGCCGUCGACCAGCCCCCCAAGCAGUUCACUUUCGACGGCGCCUACUACAUGGACCACUUUACCGAGCAGAUCUACAACGAAAUCGCCUACCCACUGGUGGAGGGCGUCACCGAGGGCUACAACGGCACCAUCUUUGCCUACGGCCAGACAGGCAGCGGGAAGUCCUUCACCAUGCAGGGCCUGCCUGACCCACCCUGCCAAAGAGGCAUCAUCCCUAGGGCCUUCGAGCACAUUUUUGAGAGCGUCCAGUGUGCAGAGAACACCAAGUUCCUGGUCCGGGCCUCCUACCUGGAGAUCUACAAUGAAGACGUCCGUGACCUGCUGGGUACUGACACCAAGCAGAAGCUGGAGCUGAAGGAGCACUCGGAGAAGGGGGUGUACGUGAAGGGGCUCUCCAUGCACACGGUGCACAGUGUGGCCCAGUGCGAGCGCGUCAUGGAGACGGGCUGGAAGAACCGCUCGGUUGGGUACACGCUGAUGAACAAGGACUCUUCCCGCUCCCACUCCAUCUUCACCAUCAGCAUCGAGAUCUACGCGGUGGAUGAGCGGGGCAAGGACCACCUCCGGGCAGGCAAGCUGAACCUGGUGGACCUGGCAGGCAGCGAGCGGCAGUCCAAGACGGGUGCCACGGGGGAGCGGCUCAAGGAGGCCACCAAGAUCAACCUGUCGCUGUCGGCGCUGGGCAACGUCAUCUCGGCCCUGGUGGACGGGCGCUGCAAACACAUCCCCUACCGGGACUCGAAACUGACGCGGCUGCUGCAGGACUCGCUGGGCGGCAACACCAAGACACUGAUGGUGGCCUGCCUGUCGCCCGCUGACAACAACUACGCUGAGACCCUCAGCACGCUGCGCUACGCCAACCGAGCCAAGAACAUCAGGAACAAGCCUCGCAUCAACGAGGACCCCAAGGAUGCCCUCCUGCGCGAGUACCAGGAGGAGAUCAAGAAGCUCAGGGCGAUUCUGGCUCAGCAGAUGAGCCCCAGCAACCUGUCAGCCCUGCUGAACAAUCAGGUUCCCCCAAACCCCGUCCAGAUUGAAGAGAAGCUGUUGCCCCCAUCUGUGAUCGAGCACAACACGGAGGCUGAGAAGCAGCUGAUCCGGGAGGAGUACGAAGAGCGCCUGGCCCGGCUGAGGGCCGACUAUGAGGCAGAGCAGGAGUCCAGGGCCCGGCUGGAGGAGGACAUCACUGCCAUGCGCAACUCGUACGAUGUGAAGCUGUCCGCACUGGAGGAGAACCUGCGCAAGGAGACAGAGGCUGUCCUGAAGGCAGAAGUCCUCUACAAGGCCGAGGUCAUGUCCAGGGCUGAGCUCGCCAGCAGUUCUGAGCACUCACCUACUUUCCAGUACAAGAUGGCCGUGAAACCCGAGAUCUACUCCAUGCCUGACACCCUGCCCAGUGAGGGUGUCUUCAAGACUGAGGUUUCUUCCAGGUUUGAGGAACUGCCCAAGGUGGAGGCCUCCAAGUCGGAGGUUUCUCUUGGGUCUGAUGAGUCUUCCAUGCUCGAAGAAAAUUUCAUCUCCACGGCUUUCCCUGGGCCCAGGGAGCCCUCCAGCCUGGAGGUCCCUGUGCCUGAGGUGGAGGCCCCGAGUGGACACUUCCUAGAUGAGGAUGUCAGCCGGGAGGCCACGGAGCCCCUGUGGGAGGAGGAGCCCUUCCUCCAGGGAGAAGAGCCCCACCUGAGGGCCCUGGAGCUGCUUCCGGGCCUGCACAACCCACUUGCCGUGGAAGCCAAGCUGGCCACGCUCUCCUCCACGGGGGCCGGGCUGGACGUGCCCCAGGCGGACGUACCCAAGGUCACCACGCAGCACCCCUCCCAGACAGAUCUGCUGGAGCCUGGUGACCUCAGGUCUGAAGUUGAGGCGGCCGACGACCUCCUGCCCAGGACUAGAACACAACCGGCCAAGGGCACUGGGAGGAAGGCUUUAAAUCUGCCCACAUUUGUGGAGAGAGAAAGCGAUCUGCCAGCUUCUGGACCUGAUCUCUGGGAGGUUGACCUGGGCCCGGGAGUGACCGAGGAGGUGGUGUUGGCAGCAGAGCCCAGUGUGGGAGCCGAGGGUGAAGCCCAGGUGGCCUUAGAGGCUCAGCCUCAGUCUCUGCUGGCCAAGACAACUGCGAGAAGGGACAGUAUGGAGGUGGCAGUGCUGACCGAUGACCUACUGCCCACUGUGGACCAGCAGCAGGUGCUUGCCCGCUUGCAGCUGUUGGAGCAGCAGGUGGUCGGGGGCGAGCAGGCCAAGAACAAGGACCUGAAGGAGAAGCACAGGCGGCGGAAGCGGUAUGCAGACGAGCGCAAGAAGCAGUUGGUGGCGGCCCUGCAGAACUCAGACGAGGACAGCGGGGACUGGGUGCUGCUCAACGUCUACGACUCCAUCCAGGAGGAAGUGAGGGCCAAGAGCAAGCUGCUGGAGAAGAUGCAGAGGAAGCUUCGGGCGGCAGAGGUGGAGAUCAAAGAUCUGCAGUCAGAGUUUGAGCUAGAGAAGAUCGAUUACUUGGCCACCAUCCGUCGGCAGGAACGUGACUUUAUGCUCUUCCAGCAGCUCUUGGAGCAGGUGCAGCCCCUGAUUCGCCGGGACUGUAACUAUAGCAACCUGGAGAAGAUAAGGCGCGAAUCCUGCUGGGAUGAGGAUAAUGGCUUCUGGAAGAUCCCCCAGCCCAUCAUCAUAAAAACCAGCCUCCCAGUAGCAGUUUCAACAGGGCUACAGAACAGAUCAGCCCGCAAAACCUCCACAGCGGACAACAGUGAACCAGGCACGCAGGAAGAAGACCGCUACAGGCUGAUGCUCAGUCGGAGUGACAGUGAAAACAUCGCCAGUAACUACUUCCGGCGCAAGCGGGCCACCCAGAUCCUCAGUGCGGAUCCCAUGAAGAGCCUCGCACAUCACAGCUCGCCGCCAGGCCUCAGCUCCCCACUUGGCAACAGCUCUGCCAUCUCACCCACCCAGGCCCCUGAAAUGCCCCAGCCUCGGCCCUUCCGCCUUGAGUCCCUUGACAUCCCCUUCACCAAGGCCAGGCGUAAGAAAAGCAAAAGCAGCUUUGGCGGUGAGGCUCUGUGAACACAUUGCCUGCUGCUGCCCUGCUUUUGGGCUCUGUGAGACUGCCAGGCCCCUCCGGGGCAGGCCCAGCUAGGUCUCCUCCCACCUGCCCCCCACAGUACUGGGUGCACCCGAGGGGGCCCUGGCCCUGGGAAAGCACAGUCCCCUCCCUGCUACCCAGAGAGCCCACUCUGCCCAGGGCAUGAGCUCCUCGGAGGCUGGACCAUCCUUGGAGAGACCUGCUCUGGCUCUCCACGCCACGUCAGCGUUUUCGUCUGCCCUCCACUGUGCCCACCAGUGUUGUCCUGUGCCUCCAUGGGCUCAGAAACCCCAGCCCUGCCUCAAGGCCUUCACUAGCAGCCCGAUAGAGUGGGACAGUGACUUCCACAUGGGUCAAGCUCAAUGUCUUGGCGAUGGAAAAUUGUGCUUCCACCUACUAGGCCCCGCUUUGUGAGGAAGCCCUGUGGGACGGGCACAGGAGUCCUGGAGCAGCUGUUCCCGCACUGCCUAUGCUCAGCUGGUCUGCGGCGCAGAGGA